AUGGCCGACUCCCCUAUUCCAUUCAAGGUUGUCGCCACUGAUCUCGAUGGGACCUUGCUGAACCCUUGUCAUUCUGUGUCGGAGUACACAAGACGUGUGAUCAACGCCCUCAUCAACAAAGGCGUCCCUGUGGUGUUUGCGACGGGCCGCCACCACGGCGAUGUGCUGGAAACAAAGCGGAAGCUUGGGUUAAAAGGAUACACGAUCACCUCCAAUGGGGCCCGCGUGCACGAUCCACAGAAUCGCGUCAUUUUAGAGAAGAAUAUUGAGUCAUCUAUUGCAAGAGAGUUGGCCCUACUUGCCAUCAAUGAGGAGGAUAUCGUAACGAGUAUAUACCGCAAGGAUUCCUGGCUCGUGAACAAGGAUGCUACAGCUCUCGCUGAGUACUUUAAGGCCAAUAAGGAUGUAUUUUGCUAUCAGCUCUUUAAUCCUGUGGAGGAAAAGGACUACGAUGAGGUGUACAAGGUUUACUUUACCUCUGAUCGCCGUGCGUCAUUGGAUGCGCUUUCGGACAAAAUUGCUGCGACGUACGGUGAUAAGGUGAGUAUCACAAUGUCACUGCCGAACUGUUUGGAGGUUAUGAAAAAGGGAGUCAACAAGGGUGCCGCUCUUCGUGAAGUAGUGUCUAGAAUUCUUGGCAACGGGGAUGAAAAUGCGGGUGGAGUGGCAACGACAGAAGCCGCAUCGACCAUCAAGCACUGCAUCGCAUUUGGUGACGGGUUGAACGAUGUUGAGAUGCUCAACAUGGCGGAGAAGGGCUGUUUAAUGGAGAAUGCGCAGAAGGAACUGCUCAGUGUGGCACCGUCACAUUUGGAAAUUAUUGGAAGGAACUCAGAGGAUGGUGUGGCAAAAUAUUUGGCAAACCUAUUCAAACUAAAUGUGGAUGCAUGA